AUGGGUUCAAUAACAGCAGGGCUGCAAAAGAUAAUAGAGAAGCAAAAAAAGAAAAUGGAGCUUCAAGAGAAGAGAUUGGAGGAAAGACACAAAAAAAUAGCCACAGCCAUGGCAAUGAACGAGGAAGCUCUGAAAGUGUCAAAAGAGGAAGACGAUCCAAAAAGAGGCAGAAGAAAGGCAGGAGCAGAAAAGCCGUUUAGAGGAUGCACAGAGGAAGAAGCAGAAAGCGAUUUGAUGAAAAUAUUCAGCGGAGUCAAGUCGGACAAGUACAUGCACAUUCUGCCAGAUGGAAGAACAAUGGUUGUGAUCAAGAAACAAGUCAUCACAGAAGGAGACAUCGUACGGAUAGAGAAAGGAGAUCUGUUUGAAGUGGGAGUGGUAAAGCAUCUGCACAAGGGAGCUCUGAUCUUGGAAAACAAAGAGAGAGAAAAGAAGUAUCCUCUAAGCAAGCUGCUGUCCUCCAGGUAUGUAAUAAUAACACAGUCAAAACAGUAG